AUGUCAGAUGAAGAAGAUUAUAUGUCUGAUAAAUUUUUACAAGGAACUGCAAAAUCUACUUCAUCUAGUCUCAUAUAUCGACAUGCAGAUAAAAGAGAACUUGAACUUAUAAAAAAGAAAAUUCAAAUUGAAGCAAAAUUAAAAGAAAAAAAUGCCACGAAACAUAUUGAGGAAGAAAAAAGAGAAGCAGGAUUAUCCUCUGCUAUUACAAGUUCCAAUAAAGGUUUUGAAUUACUUAUGAAAAUGGGAUAUAAACCUGGUCAUGGCAUAGGUAAAACAGAAUCAGGAAGAACUGAACCAAUUGGCCUUGAAGUAAAAUUAGAUAGGCAAGGUUUAGGAAAAGGAAUUGUCAAAAAAAAUAAAAAGAUUGAAGGUAAAUCAUCUAAUGAUGAACUAAGUAACGAGAACUUCAAGAAUUUUCGAGAUAGACUUGUACAAAAAAGGACUGAUCAAUUGUUAAAAAUGGACUUGUGCAAAAGUCAAAAAAUUUGUGAACAAUUAGAUAUGCAACAAAAAAUAGAGAAACCUAGAGAAACAUGGUUUUGGAUGCCAGUUAAUGAAACUGAUAGUGAUACUGAAGAAGACAAUGAAGAAGACAAUGAAGAAGACAAUUCUUUGCCUAUUGAUGAAAAACUUGAAAUUUUAACAAAGUAUUUAAGAGCAAAAUAUUUUUAUUGUAUUUGGUGUGGUGUAGCAUUUCAGGAUGAAGAUGAUUUAAGAGAUAAUUGCCCAGGAAGUACAAGAAAUGAUCAUUAAUGAAAUAUUAAUAUGUAUCAAUUCAAUUAAAACUGCAUAUAAAUAAAACAAAAUAACAUCAAAAUUUCAAUAACAUGGUUUUACUUAC